AUGCUGCGUUUUCCCAUUCUUCUCUGCCUUCUGGCAUCCAUCUGCCUUUGCUCUGCUCACCACAACCGAAACUUCGAUCAGCUUGAGUAUGCGCUCGGGCAGGACACCAAGGCUCUUUCAAGACCUCGUCGUGUGCCAGCACCAGAAGAGACUCGGUAUUGCAGAAAGCGAAUGUUGACCUAUAUUUUCAGCAUUUGUGAGAAGACUUGUGAUUCAAAAAACGGAAAAGACAUUGCGACGGAGUGUUGUGGAAAGCAGUGCUCUCCAGAAUUCGUUCGUCUUCAUUGUUGCCCGUCGACUGUCUGA